CGCUCGAACGGUUGUUUCUCUUUGACGAUUUUUUUAGCCUCGCUCUCCAGCUUGCCGUAGUCUUGGUUGGAAAUCUAAUAAGGUUCGAAAAUCAACUUUCGUUAUUAUUAAUUCGAUUUUAAAAUUAUAGAAAAACAUACUCCGCUGCCAUCUAGGAACAUGUCGUAGUAAAAGCCAUUCUCAAUUGGCGGUCCGUAGCAAAGAUGACCUCCAUAUUGCUGAAAAUAACAAUAAAUUACAUGACAGAUUAGUAAACCACAGAAAACUGCCUAAGUCUUAAGUGAAAAGCAAGUAACAGAUUAUCAUAUUGUGUGAAUGAUAUGAAAGGUUGUAUAAUGCUUGUUGAUAUAUUUGGAUCAACGCCCGAACGACUGAUAACUCGUUAUUCAAGAAGCUCAAUUGGUACAUUGCAAAUGUUUGAACAUCUGGUCGACUACUAUCUAAUCUACAAUCAGGACAAUUUCACCGGUUAUAGGAUUUCAAUGCGACCAAGUGCACUGAGCGACACUAUCGUAGAUUAUAAAUAAAAACGCCCAACGAAUUCUGGUUCCACGUUUAUACAUCAUUUCCCUUUCGCCAGAGCAGAGCAAAUUUUUUCUCAACAUGUCAGAUGGAUCAGUGUUCGCGAAAUUGCCCGAGUACAUACAGGCAGGGCUGAACAAAGUGGCCGUCGAACAAGGUUUUACGGAAGGACUGUAUCGAUUUGCGUUUGAGAGUUCUUCCAAAAGUGGAGAUGGUUUUAUGGGUGAUUUGUUCAAGGUGACAAUCAACGAAAAAGGUCACGACGUGUUUAUUGUGGUCUGUAAAACAUUACCACAAAAUGAGGCACGCAAAAUGUACACUAUCAGUUUGUUCCAUCGAGAGGUACAAACCUACAAUGAGGUGCUGCCGAUGCUGAAGAAAUUCCAAGUAGAAAAAGGAAUUUCUGAUGGUGAUUCCCAAGGGUUUUGGAGCUUUCCGAAAAGCUACUACGCGUACUGCGAUAUCAGUAAAAUGGAAGGAGUGAUUAUCAUGGAAGACCUGCGGGAGAGAAAAUUCCGCAUGUGGAACAAUGCUGAGCCGGUGGAUUAUCAGCAUACCUGUCUAGUAGUGGAAGAGUUAGGCAAAUUGCAUGCUGUGUCUUUCGCGCUGAAGGAUCAAAAACCGGAAUUGUUCGAACAGUUUAAAAAGCUUUGUGAUCCGCUGGGUCGUAUAAUCGAGAAUGAACCGAGACAAGCGAUGAAAAAAAUGAUGAAUGGAAGUUGCGAACGAGCGAUAUCAACACUAGAUAAGGACGACGAAUUGAGCAGAGCUAAGAUGCAACUAAUAAGAGGUGUUGUAACUGAUUUAUAUAAAAGCGACACGAUGGCAAGCGAAGCUGAACCCUAUGCUGUUCUGGGACAUGGUGAUUGUUGGGUCAACAAUACUAUGUUCUGUUAUGCGGAAGAUAACAAAACCCCAACUGAGGUGAGCUUAUUCGACUGGCAGUUGUGUCGUUACGUAUCACCAGUCUUGGAUUUGGUUUACUUUAUUUUCAUCAGCACGGAUGAAGAAUUGCGUGCCGAACACUACGAAGAACUAUUACUGGCUUACUACAAAUCACUCAGCCAUCAUUUAAUGCGCUUGGGAGGCAAUCCUGAGCGACAGUUCCCACGAACAGCUUUUAAAGAGCAACUGAAGCGAUUCGGGCGCUUUGCUUUGCUGAUUAGUUUUCUGGCAUUGCCCGUCAUUUGCACGCCCAGUGAUGAGCUGCCAGAUAUCGAAAAUCAUAUGGCAAUUGCGCAAAAGGCACCGGGUGAGGAUACUCCCCCGGUAGAAGAAGCUAAGUUUAGUGUCUCUCAGCGAGCGGAUGCCAUCUACAGGAAACGCGCACGUGGUUUGAUUAGAGAUAUGGUAAAAUUGGAAUAUUUGUGAAGUUGUUAAAAUCGGUGUGCGAAAAAGAUCCAAUAAAAUCAUUUUUCAAUACAUUUAUGAAA